AAAGAUUCAUAUAUAAUGAAUAUUUCCUUUCAGAGAUGUUUAUGUAUACUCUCCCCUGCUUUUGCAUUUAUGCUGUUUUUGUGUUUUAAGUAGAAGUUUUUCGUGACAGUAUGUGUUAAUAACUGAAAAAAUUCCCCAUCAGUAGACUAGCACCAUCAUGACAACCCUGUGUUCUGCUUCUACCUUGCUAAUUGUUUCCUUGGGAUUAUUUGGAUUGUGUAGAAAGCCUUUUGCAAAUCCUCUUAUACUGAAGUCAUUGUUGCCAGCAGGAAUAAGAUUAAAGGUGCUUAAGUCUGUAGAGUUGUUUCUAAUUUGUUCAUGUCAUUUCAGUGGCAUUUUAACAGAACUCUGUCUCCUGUCCCACCCUUCUCCCCUGGUACUAUCUCAAGUUAGGUCCAAGACGCCAGACCAUUGGAAGAAAUCUCAUUUUAUCCUCCUAAUUAUUAUGCUGGCACUCUGGAGAUAAUUUUUCCCUUCAUGCACUGCCAAUUAAUAUGCAAAUAAGCUGAUAAAUAUUUAUGUAUUCAUUUAAAUUAUGCAAGGAGUGCUUUCACUGUGUUCUGUAAAUGAAUUGUUCCUGGACUUCAAAGUGCUAGCUGCUGUGCUAACGAGGAGAGAUUUGCAUAAGGCCCUAAUCACACGCAUACUGAUUAAGCUUCAUUAUGGAAACUGCCAGCUGCAAUCUUUGUUUCUAUUUUAUUACAAAAAGGGGAACUUUUCAUGCUUCAGUUGCCUUGACAAUGUCAGCCCUAGCUGGUAGAAGAGACUAAAACUCCUCUGAGCAACUGAAGUUUCCUUAUUCAGUUGAAGAUUGCUAUGGUGUAACUGAAGUUGUAUUUUGCUUCUCUUGUUAAUUCACUUUCCACUCCUCCCACCCUUCUUCUCAUAAAGAACAUAGUACAGAUUUGUUAGAAAUAGUAGUACCUUCUUCCCACCCCAAACGAUACCUGUUCUUUCUUGCUUUGGACUGUCUGCACCUCCUGAAGAUUUCACAGCAAUGCUGGACUGCAGUGACUGUGUUCUAGAUUCAAGAAUGAACAAUCCGUCAGAAACCAAUAAAUCAUCUAUGGAGAGUGGAGAUGGCAGCACUGGCACUCAGACAAAUGGCCUGGACUUCCAGAAACAGCCUGUUCCUGUUGGAGGAGCGAUCUCAACAGCCCAGGCCCAGGCUUUCCUUGGACAUCUUCACCAGGUUCAGCUUGCUGGGACAAGUUUACAGGCUGCUGCUCAAUCUUUAAACGUUCAGUCUAAAUCUAGUGAAGAAUCGGGGGAUUCCCAGCAGCCAAGCCAGCCCUCCCAGCAGCCUUCAGUGCAGUCAGCCAUUCCCCAGACCCAGCUAAUGCUGGCUGGGGGACAGAUAACUGGGCUGACUUUGACACCAGCCCAGCAGCAGUUAUUACUGCAGCAGGCCCAGGCCCAGGCCCAGCUCCUGGCUGCUGCAGUCCAGCAGCAUUCCGCCAGCCAACAGCACAGCGCUGCUGGGGCCACCAUCUCAGCCUCUGCUGCCACACCCAUGACGCAGAUUCCCCUGUCUCAACCCAUACAGAUUGCACAGGAUCUUCAACAAUUGCAACAGCUUCAACAGCAAAAUCUCAACUUGCAGCAGUUUGUGUUGGUACAUCCAACCACCAACUUGCAACCAGCACAGUUUAUCAUCUCACAGACCCCCCAGGGCCAGCAGGGUCUCCUGCAAGCGCAAAAUCUUUUAACGCAACUACCUCAGCAAAGCCAAGCCAACCUCCUACAGCCACAGCCAAGCAUCACCCUCACCUCCCAGCCAGCCACCCCAACUCGCACAAUAGCCGCAACCCCAAUUCAGACACUUCCACAGAGCCAGACAACACCAAAGCGAAUUGAUACUCCCAGCUUGGAGGAGCCCAGUGACCUUGAGGAGCUUGAGCAAUUUGCCAAGACCUUCAAACAAAGACGAAUCAAACUUGGAUUCACUCAGGGUGAUGUUGGGCUUGCUAUGGGGAAAUUAUAUGGAAAUGACUUCAGCCAAACCACCAUCUCUCGCUUUGAAGCCUUGAACCUCAGCUUUAAGAACAUGUGCAAGUUAAAGCCACUUUUAGAGAAGUGGCUAAAUGAUGCAGAGAACCUCUCAUCUGAUUCUACAGCAUCUAGCCCAAGUGCCCUGAAUUCUCCAGGGUUGGGGGCUGAGGGCUUGAAUCGUAGGAGGAAAAAACGCACCAGCAUAGAGACCAACAUCCGUGUGGCCUUAGAGAAGAGUUUCAUGGAGAAUCAAAAGCCUACCUCGGAAGAUAUCACCUUGAUUGCUGAACAGCUCAACAUGGAAAAGGAGGUGAUUCGUGUUUGGUUUUGUAACCGCCGCCAGAAGGAAAAAAGAAUCAAUCCACCAAGCAGUGGUGGAACCAGCAGCUCACCUAUCAAAGCAAUUUUCCCCAGUCCAAACUCAUUGGUGGCAACCACUCCAAGCCUUGUGACAAACAGUACAGCAACUACCCUCACAGUCAACCCUGUCCUUCCCUUAACCAGCGCUGCAGUGACUAAUCUCUCUCUUACAGGCACUACAGACACCACAUCCAACAACACAGCCACCGUGAUUUCUACAGCACCCCCUGCUUCCUCAGCAGUCACAUCUCCCUCUUUGAGUCCCUCCCCUUCUGCCUCAGCCUCCACCUCUGAGGCCUCUAGUGCCAGUGAGACCAGCACAACACAGACCACCUCCACGCCUCUUCCCUCUCCUCUCGGGGCCAGCCAGGUGAUGGUGACAGCAUCUGGCUUGCAAACAGCAGCUGCUGCUGCUCUCCAAGGAGCUGCACAGUUGCCAGCAAAUGCCAGUCUUGCUGCCAUGGCUGCUGCUGCAGGACUCAACCCAGGCCUGAUGGCACCCUCACAGUUUGCUGCUGGAGGUGCCUUACUCAGUCUCAAUCCGGGAACUCUGGGCGGGGCUCUGAGCCCAGCCCUGAUGAGCAACAGUACACUGGCUACUAUUCAAGCUCUUGCUUCUAGUGGUUCUCUUCCAAUAACGUCACUGGAUGCUACUGGGAACCUGGUAUUUGCCAAUGCAGGAGGAGCCCCCAACAUCGUGACUGCCCCUCUGUUCCUGAACCCUCAGAACCUCUCUCUGCUCACCAGCAACCCAGUAAGCUUGGUUUCUGCAGCUGCAGCCUCCACAGGGAACUCUGCACCUACAGCCAGCCUUCAUGCCUCCUCCACCUCUGCUGAAUCCAUCCAGAACUCUCUGUUCACAGUAGCCUCUGCCGGUGGGGCUGCUUCCACCACCACCACUGCCUCCAAGGCACAGUGAGCUGGGUGCAGAGCCGGGCUGCCACAGACCUUUGCCAGUGCAGCAUAAUGGGCUGCCAGCUGUUAGGAAACAGACAGGUGUGAUUGGCUUCCUCCCACCAUGUUGUGAAGAUGAGGGAGACAUGGAGAAAAGAAAAAAUACACUUACCAGGAAAAAAAAGAAUGGAGACAGAACAACAUUUGCCUAAUUUUAUAAAAAAAGAAAAAAGAAAAAAAAACAAUGUCUUUUCAGGAUUGCUUCAUGGAUUAGAGAACUUUCUAACCAAAAAUUUAAAAGAAAAAAAAAAACAGAAACAAAAAAUCCAAAACAGACAAAAAUAAAUGAAAGGACUACUUCCCAUUUCCAGCAGUCAUAAUGACAAGCAAAGGUGGGUGACCAGUUCCAGUAGAGGAAGGGGUGUCUUGUGUUUUCUUUCUUUCUUUUUUUUUUUUUUUUUCAAAAAAUCAUUUUUAUAGGUCUGUUGUACAGGCCAUUAAGUCAUAACAAGGUGUUUAUAAUCGUAUCAAUUGUGUUGGGGGUUCCUUUCUUAACUGGUACAAUUUAGGCAGGCCUGUAUUACUGUAUCUCUGUUAUUGUUUUUUUAUAUAUAUAUAUAUAUAUAUAUUGGACAUGUUUAUCUCUUGCUCCUGGAUCCUAUUUCAGUGAGCUCCCACACUGUGGGGAGGGAGGGUUUGGGGGUUAAGGGAGAAUUGCAUUCUUAACUUCCAGGAAUGUUCUUGCUGGUUUCUUUAUCCUUGAUGACUCUUACAGAGGUGCUAGAAAAUUAUUUUCUUUUGCCACUUAUGCAAGAGGCUUGGUGCAGAAGCUGAAGGCAGUGUGUGCACACUCCUGCUCCACACACGCUCCUCCCCAUCAGGUGGUGCCUUUGGAGCACUCUUGUGUAGGAAGAAUUCCUGCUGAACUGUAGUUCUCACUCACCCCUAAUCAUUGAGCAACCCCGAGGCCCAAACCCUGUGGUGCAACAGUGCUGCUUUCUGCUACUUUCAGUGGGAACAGCUGUGCCUGUUGCAGGGCAGGUUUUGGUUCCGGAGAGCAAAGACUACUGCAGACACCUGACUUGGUGGUUCUCCUGAUUUCUCUCUCUCUCUCUUUUUUUUUUUUUUUAAUGCUCCUACUGUUGAUGUUUUUUUGUUUGCUUGUGUGUUUUCAUUUUAUGGAAAUUUUCUAUCCAAACUUCCUUUAGUCAAGAUCAAAUUGAUUUACUGAAACUGAGAAACAAGCCUUUUUUGUUUUCUUAAAGAAAUUCUUUUGGACUGUUUUCUACUAAUUAAUAUCCCAAAAAGGUCAAUAUAUAGAGUCUGAAUCUGCCACCUUUUCCUCUAGAGCAGAAGUUCUCAACCUCAGGGCCUCGACCCCGUGGGGGGGGGGGGAGUCAAACAGCUGUUUUACAGGGGUCACUUAAGACUAUUUACAUAUCAGAUAUUUACAUUGCAGUUCAUAACAGUAGCAAAAUUAUAGUUAUGAAGUAGCAAUGAAAAUAGUUUUAUGGUUGGUGGGUGACCACAACAUGAGAAACUGUAUUAAAGGGUCACAGCAUUGGGAAGGUUGAGAACCAGUGCUCUAGAGUCACAGACUUCCUGUCCGCUGAGUGGCUCAGAAGCUCCUCCAAGCCUCAGACUUUCCUCAGUUCUUUGACUGACAGAGGCACUUUCCUGACUAGGCAAAGGAUCUAUAGAACCUCAGAAAAAGGCUGAGCAGGAACUUCACACCCUGUUAGUGUCUCUAGUUUGUUAUGUCCCUGCUAGGUAGGUUUGGUGACAAUAUACAUCUCUUAUUUGAUGUAAAAAAGUGAUUUGCUCCUGUAAUUGUUUUCAGGGUGUUUCUAGACUACAUAAAUGAGCCCAUUGAAAAGGAAGAGCUUGUGAAAAUGGAUGAAGAUGAAUGAGGGUAAUUUAGAGAUUAAAUUUCCCCUUUUGACAAUGCCCUAUUAUUAUACUAUCUGGACCAGAAUUUUCACAGAUGACUGGGUCAUCGCAGUGAAGUUCAUCUAAGUUGCCCUUACUGGAGUUAAGGUCCCCAUUGGUGUCUUAAGUGCUUGCUUCGGUUUCUGGUGGUCUGCACUGAGCUGAGGUGACUUUCCUUCUGAUAGCUUUGCUUAUGCCCAUAGGAAACUUGGAUUCUGUGCAUUUGUCUCUCUGCACUGUUGCUCAGAAAGGCAGUAACACAGACACAAAUGUGUAUCUUUCUUUGUGAUUCAAUUAGAGAAAGGUCAUAUUAUUAUUAAAGGUCAGAAUCAUUUUGGUUCCCCUUUAAAUUUUUCUUUAGUUCCUUUUAUUUCUUGGAUAUUGAAUUUUUACCCCCGAAUUUCUCUGACCCUUAACUUUUCCUAAACUUCUUUAAGAAUCAAUGAACUGCAAGCAGGGAAACUAACAAAUGCUCAUCCACCUGUUUUGUACGGUAUGGGUAGUUUUGUUUUGUUUUGUUCUUUAAACUAAGCUUGAACCAAAGUCAAUUUUAGCAAGCUGCUGUACUAAUGGACUAGUUAUAAUGUGCAGUUCAAACACAUUGAGGAGAUAGAUGCUACUGACAAUUUCUUAUUCAUUUUUCUUGAUUAAUUUUAUGUGAAAGUUGCUGCUUGUUUUUAUCUUCUAUGUUGGUAAAUUGUAAUAUCCUCUGGGCAGACAUUGCCAUGAUUUUUAGGUAGUUUGUUUAGGUCAUUGUGUAAAUAGAAUGGCUGUGUCAGUUAAUAAUUUCUCUCCUCCCCAUCAGUUCUUUCUUUCCUGUGAGUUUAAUCUUUAUUUUGACUUAACACUCUAACCUUAAUCUGUGCACAUGAUUAUAGGGCUGUCAAUACUAUUUCUCCUCCUAGCAGAGAGACCCUCCCUUGGGAGUGAUGAAGUUAGGAGAAAGAAUUCAGGGAGAGAAAUGCUGAUUGCCCACCAUACCAGGUCAUACGUUAUAGCAUUAAUGCCCAGAAUCGCUACCAAAGUAAGUAUUGUCUCAAGGGACCUGGCCCAAGGAGUUAAAAAGGACAGAGAAAGGCUGUUUUGUUUAAUCCUAUAUGGUUAAAAGAAUCUUUCAUAAAUAAGAUUCCCCUACAGACUUUGAUUGGGGGGGGGGGGGGGGGUUUUUUUUUUUGGUUUUUCGAGACAGGGUUUCUCUGUAGCUUUGGAGCCUGUCCUGGAACUAGCUCUUGUAGACCAGGCUGGCAUCGAACUCCCAGAGAUCCGCCUGUCUAUGCCUCCUGAGUGCUGGGAUUAAAGGCGUGCGCCACCACCGCCUGGCCAGACUUUGAUUUUUAAAGAUGAUAUUAACUUUACAUGUCAGUCCAAUGGUUUGUCAGUCCCUCCUUUGUCUGUAGUUUCUAGUUGGUUUGAGAAAGAAAUGCUGCCUUUUUAUGUAGUUCAUUUGAGGAUAGACAUUAAAACCAGCAUAAGUGCUGUAUUGAGAAGAAAAAAAAUCUUUAGAAGAAGAUAACUUUAAUUUUUCCCUCUCCUUUUUCAUAUAUUCAAAAUUAAAUUGUAAAAUGAAAGGUACUUUGUACAUGUAUACGUGACACACUACUAACACCUGCUGGUGGGCGUUCAGUUUAGAGCCGCCUUUAUCACCACCUCGAUAUUCUCUAAGUCUCAUUUCACAAACACCUUGGCUACUUUUCAAUUGAUAGCACCUUUUUUUUUAAUGAUCUCAAAUGCUUUUUGAAUUGACUGAUCUAUCUUUUAAGCUAAAGUGUUGCCUUUUAUGAGGGAGUCUAGAAACUAAAGGGGUCGUUUGAAUAAAAGGCAUUUGGUUGAGUUUCUGUAUUUCCAGAAGAAACACCAGACAGGUUAUUAUAGCUCGUUAUUUCAUUUUUCUCCUCCUCCUGACAUUGAUGCAGAUUUUAUUUCAGCCCUGAAUAUUAGUUAACACAUAGUAAGCCAAAGACUAAUUUUAAAUACAUUUUUAAGGAUACUCUAUUUGCCUGUGAUAUGAUAUUUGCCUGGAGAGUAGUGAAUGUAAUUGUUCAAUCUGUUUUGCAAUGCAGUUUGGCAGAAACUUUAUUUAUACCCUGUGUAAAUCUGAAUGACAACAGAAGGAUCUAUAAGGCUUCUCACAGGAGCAGUAUUACUGUUCUAGGAAUCAGUAGAAUGCUCUGUUAGCUUGAAUGUCUCUGAAAUUCUAUAGGCAGCUCCUUAGAAUGAGGAAACUUAUCUGUUGUCAGGAAGGUCAUUGCCAUCCUGUUUAUGUAACUUAUUACUCCAAAAUAGAACCAAAGGAAUCCGGCUUUCAUCUUGUGUAGGACCAACCUAUUUGUGCUUCAUGAGCUUUAAUAGAAUAUUUUUAAAGGGACAAUAUCAAUUAAAAGAUUUUGGGUGUGAUCAUCUUGCCAGUUUGUUCUACAUCAUCAUUUGUUUUAGGAAAAAAGCACAAUUAUACCUCUUUAAUAUUAUGUCUAUCCUUCAAUUAUUUGGGAAAAUUGGAGAAAUUAUCUCUUUAUUAUCCAGAAGCACAGGUUUUUGCUUGACAGUAUUUCAGUUUAGCUUAAAUGAUAACAUUUAACUUGCUGGAAACGCCAGGUACAUUUGUAAAUAUAGGGAUAUUAUGUUAGAAAAAAUGCUUUAGUUUACAGUCUAAGUUCUUAAUGUCAUCCUCACAAAUUUUCCUUGACCAAGAGAAAAAUAAGGUCAUUGAAAUAGGAAGGCAAAGAGACACCUGUUCAUGUUUCUCCCAAGAUAGGAGAAAUGCUGCCCUAGUGUGUAGAAGACAGUUUCCUGCUGGCAACCUGAGUUGGCCCUGGCCCUGAGGAACUCUGACCAAUCUACCUGAGCACUUGAUAAGACAGAAAGAAGGACCUUAGCAACUCAGCAGGAAAGCUUGUUCAGAAACUUUAAAUUGGCUGCUGAAGUUGAUGAGUAUAAAGUGUACUUAAUUGGAACCGAAAACAUUCAAGAUUACAGUGCUAAUGGGAGGGAAAUACUAAAAGACCUAAAACCCAUAAUUAUCCAAGUGGGCAGAAAUUGAUUUAGUAAUUCAUUCAUAACUGUUAUGAGUUUACUUUGAUUUGUGGGUAUGAACAGCAUUUACCAUGUUAUAUUGUUCAUAUAAAGAAAUCCCUGGCUAUUUUGAAAUCAUUUUCAGAGACUUGUAAAAAUAAGACUCUCUUAAUAUUAUUUUCACUUUUGAGGAGGAAAAAUAAUUCUUUGCUUGUUUCUCUCAAACUAAGAGCCACUCUAGGCUUAUAUGAUGGCACCCACAGUGUACACACAGGCCUGAGUAGAAAAGCAGAAAUGAGUUGCUUUCAUUAUUAAAGGUUGAUGGGAUCUCUUUGCCUUCUCCUCAUCCAUGGAGAGUUAGUGUAAUAAAGUUCUACCAGGAGGCAGGGGGGUUCCUUGGAAGUUGGUUUGUGUCUAGAAUUUCUUCUAACCGGCAUUCCAUUCUUAAAUUAUUUUGACUUUUCUGCUCUUGGCCUUUUCUAAAAGCAGUGAGCUUGUGAAUCAUGUGUCAGUUCUGUGAUCUGGAUCUCUUGCCUCUUUUUCCUUCCCUUUUUCUCUUUGAAUGGUGGUACCUAAUCUGUGAGAAUAAUGCUUGUGGGUAACAGCUUCUGGCACCUUCAUAAAAUACCUCAGCAUAGCUUAGCAUUGUUGCGAACUGGUUUUAGACGUAAAAACCAAAUAAGUGAAAGAAAAAAUCUUUAUAAAUAGUGGAAAUAAUUCUAGCUGUAGUAUUUAGUUGAACUAAUGUUUAUUAUGGUUGAUAAACAUGAUUGAUGCUGUAUGUAUUCGGGAUCCUGUUUAUAGGGUUGGGGGGGUUGGAGUGGGAGAAAGGAGAAAUUGAUUAUGUUAGAAGGAAAAUAUUGCUCGUAUGUGUUUUUCUUUAUAUCUGUCUUGCCAAAGGAAACUUGAUAUUCCCUGUGACUGGGUGGGGGUUUGAGGCCUCUGUCAUCUGAUAUGCAGCACAGUGUGCAGAGGCAUGCGGGUGACAUGUGGGGUGUCCAAUAGGUUCAGGGUGCCCAAGGGCAGAUUUACAACCCUUCUUGUCUGUGGCUGCCAUGCCCCCCCUCACCAGACCUACCAGCCUCUCCUAAUGAUCCAUUACCUCUGUAUAUAGCUAAAGCCUAGGCAAAGGAAGAGAGUGUGCAUGUCCAACUGCACAGAUGAAAAGAGACAGAUAGAGACAUGUGUCCAAGGAGUUUGAAGAGGGAUGGAGAGGAGGAGGUAAGUGAUAUAUCUUGAUCUAGGAAAAUUAAGGUGAAGUGAGUCAUCCUCUGUCAUGUUAGUGAAUGCUGUGCUAGUAGUAGCCCAAUAUUUUUUUAAACCUUGUUUCUUUUUCUUAUUUCAAGGAUAAUUCUGUCUAGACCAAAACACAAAAGAAAAAUCAAGAAGUUUAAAGCUAACCGCACACUUGGCACCUAUAGUAAGGUGUGGCAUUUCAGGAUUGGUUGAUGAGAUGGAAGAAGUGCGAAACUAUGUUAGUUAAGGGAAAAAUUAAAAACCUUUCUGCCUCAUUCUGGGACAGACUUUCUUGACUCCCUGAGUUCUGAUACUAACUAUAUCUCAAGAACUAUUUUUUUUUUUAAUAAAUGUCCCAGCUCACAGAACUUGAAUGGGAUUUGAUUUUGAUGCCAAAGACACUGCUGUACUGUUGCUUAUCAUUAAGCUUUCCAAAUAGUCAAAGGAUAGAGAAAAUGCUUAAGUUAGUCUCUGUUCUUCCCAUUCCUUCACUCCUUCCUCACUUUUGGAAAGAUGUCUCAUUGGUCAUUCUUGCUUCGCAGAGAUUGUUUCUUCCUCCCUGCUGCUCUGUGGACACUACUAGAAUUGCUCAGCAUGGCAUUGAUAUUCUUACCGAGCAAGAAACUUGAGGAGUGCAAAAAAAAAAAAAAAAAAAAAAGCAGUAGAAUUUUUAUUUCUCUUAUCUAAUUCUUAAAAAUAAAACUAGUCCAUCCAACCUGUUAGAUAGCAGGUUGUUGGAUAACAGUCAAUAUUUAAUUAUGAAGAGCAGACUACAUGAAAGCCAAAUGAUGUUCUCUUACUCUCCUGUAGAGCUAUUUUGCUCUACAGUGUUUUUAAGAUAUGGCCUCUGGGAAAUUAAGAUGUUCAUUGUUUAGGAAUACUAUUGAUAAAUAAACAUAGACAUGGAGAGAGAAGGAAAA